AUGGAUAGGGUAAGAACUAAUGGAAGGAGAAACAACGAUGUGAUGAACGCACUGAGGGAUGGGAACAUAAAAAAUGAAAAUCUAGACGAACAUCAAUUCUGGACCAACAUCGACAAUCAGUACUUCUCCAAUUUCGACAAGAGGUUAAUUUCUGCCUUUGAGGACCACAUAAAAUGCACAGAUUACAUAUGUAACAAAAUAAAAAACAAAAAAAUUAAUAAAAAAAUUUUCCAAAAUAUUAACUGUUACACGAGUUCAGUCAAAAUAAAAUUAAAUCGAAGUGAAAGAAAUAAUGAUACGCCCAACAUUACCGAUUACAUUUCUCAAAAUAAAAAUUCUAUUUUUAAAAACGAACAAGAUGAAAAAGGUAACGAAAAUAAUCAAGCAGUUAUCCCCUUUGUGGAUAUUGUAAAUGAUAUAAAAAAGGAGGAAAACAUUUUGGGCUUUAAUCCAAAGAAUUAUCCAUACGACAUUGAUAAAAAAAUUACCAAUCAUGAAAAUGUCAUACCAUGUGAACCAAGAAAAAGCAUUAUCGAAUUUAUGCCUCUGGCGAGAAAUGAAUUCUUAUUGAAUACUUUGCAUCAUCAAAACCUGAGGAAUGCGCAUCCUGGUGCUUUCCCCUUCAUUAUGGGCAGAAAUUUCAGCCAUAUUCAGUCGACUAAUCUGAGGGAAAACAAUUUCUUCAUGAGAGCUCUCCCCAUGCCGGGUCAUCCGACGCUCGCAAAUGGCAACAUGUUUGACAUUCAACAGAAUUUCAGAAAUGGUCAUCAGUAUAAUGUAGACCAUCUGGGCUACGUCGUUUCCUCCCCCUUAGGUGCGACUCACCAUGUGAGCGUAAGGAAUGCGAACACCCCCUUUGUGAAUAUAGUCAAUAGCAGUGUUAGUCAUGGCGUGAACAGCAAUGGCAGUGGCCACAUGUCCAAUUACGCCCAGUUUAAAAAUACCUCCAGGGAAUCAGGUGUGAUGUCAGAAUUUAAGAUGGGGAAGGGGCCGGGGGAAGUAAAUGCUGGCUCGACUGCAAGCAGCACAUCUCCAGUUACAAAUUUCGUGUCGACAAUUAACGAUCGGAAAGUUUGCAAACUAGCAGACGACGCGAAUAACGGUGCAGAAAAUAAUGCGCACCAUAAUAACACAAACGCGUGUGUCAAUCCAGGAAUUGGCAGCGCAAAUGCGAUUCUUCUCCCGAACGGCAAAAAUGACUCGAACAAUUUAAUGAGUAACACAUUCAGCCGAUCAGACAAGCCAAGCUUUCCUAACAGCAAUGUCCUCCACUCAUUUAACGCAGAAAAUACCAACACGGGAAGUAACAGCGAACUAGCUAACCACAACCACGCGAAGGGCUGUAAUUUAUCUAACCCUAGCAUGGGGAAGCAUUUGGGCGACAAUUUGACCCGUGCCAAUUUUGACCCGACCAAAACACGGGGCGACAGUGGCGGGAGGAACCAUCUCGACAAUCCAAACGGCCAGAAGCGCCUCGAAAAUUUCAACAGCAUGAAUAAGUUUCAAAACUUUGAUACCUUCCCCAACAACUAUCCAUUCUUUAAUAACUGCUUUGGUAACAACGACAAGUUUCACAAAAUGAACGGUGUGGCUGAGGGCGUUGGAACGAGCAUGAGCGUGAACACGCCCAUUCAAAACAACAACUUUUUGCUGAUGAAUAGCCAAUUCGAUAACAAGAUGAGUGAAGAAAUGAACAUGUUCCCUUGUUCACUUUCUGAUAUAACUCGUGGCAUGGUUAAUCCUUCGAACAAGGGAGCAGGGCUCAAUGGCCCAGGAGACGACAGCUACAGUGGGGGUAACAAUGGGGGAAAAUAUUCCACUAAUGUGAGCAACAGUAAUCGAAAUGGCACCGACAGAUUGGGGGCCAGAAAUGUUCCCAAUUUUGGAAACACGCAAAAUAAUAACAGCAUAGUCAAUUUGGAGCAUCUCCACAUGAACAGUCAUAUGAACCAUGGAAUUGAUGAACACCCCCUGAUGUUCUUUGACAAACACGGAAACAAUAAAUUCCCGACGCAGAAUUAUCCCCCGUCGAAUAGCCAACUCAAUUUAAACAGUCAAAUGGGUUCUUACAAGAAUGACGUCCUGUAUGGUAAACAGUUUAUGGUCCCCUCCCACCCAAUGUAUGCUAAAGGGUUUUACCAUCAAGCCGAUUUGAUGAAUUACGAAAAUGUGAUGAUGCUACAUACGGGUGAAGGUCACAUCAGCUAUCCAUACGACCAAUCACUUAAAUAUAAAGAUGCAAAAUUUUCGUCCAAAAAGGACAGUGAAACGAAGUUGAAAAAAUAUAUCGAAAACGAUGAAUAUUCCAAGUCGCAUAUGGAAAAGGGGACGUCUACCUCCAGACCCAGUAGAACGAGCAAGCAGGACACCAAUUUCUUUAACCCCUUUCUGAAUAAGAAAUACGAUGGAGUUGGUAGGCUGCCCUACAUUCAGAACAAACCAGUGCCCAACGGACUCCACAUCGCGAUUUAUAUUCCGAAGAAUUACGAAUUUAGCGAAAAAAUCGACGCGGACGGUGAGAAUCACGGAGUUGCAGAAAAGAACAACGGUGGGGACAAGGCCUUUGUGAAGCGAAAUAGCGGUGUGCAUGGAAUCGCCGGUAACGAAGAACAGCCUGCUAAGGAGCAAGAGGACCUCUACGAGAAGGAAGCGCUAGCUAAAUUGCUUACCGAAAUUACUUUUGGCGAUAGAAGAAACAUACUGAACCCAAAAAUGUCGGUGCAGGAUAAAGAAAGAUGUUACAACAGCAUUUUGGACGAAUUGAAGAAUUAUGCCUCCUUGCCAAUUAUCAUGGGCAAUAUUUUGCCUUACUGGGAACGGCAAAAAAGUAAAAAUUUACUUUAUAAGGUAAAAAAUUUCAAGCUCACCAAUGCGAAGUCCAAGUACAUUCACAUUAAGAAUGUCAAUAAGAAGAUAGCAUGCAGGAGAAUUAGGAAGAGGAAAAAAUGCAUAUCAAUGACACUAAAGGAACAGGCAAAUGAUCUGGACAAAAUCGAAGUGGAAGUUGUGAACAAAAGUUUGGACCACUUAGAGAAGGAAAAAUGCAAGUUUGAUAACAACACCAACAGCUUAGCACUCACCGAUGCCGAGUUACAAAAGGUGCACAACGAAAAUAAGGAUGAGGAAUUUGCAAAUAAUGUGGAUAGCAGCGAACCAAAGGAGGAGUCCAGUAAAUCGGAGCAGGCGCAGAUAGAACACUCGGGCAGCGAUGUCAGGGAGGAGGACGACGAAGAAGAGAAGCAGCUUCCCGUCAGUGAGCAGGCUGUGGAACAGAACACAGAUUCCGCUACCCAAUGGGAGCCUCAUUCACUACCAGAACUGGGAAACGUAGGAGAUGUAACGGGUGAGAUAAAGCAGUCAUAUAUACAAAGUGAAGAAAUAGAAGUGGGGAAAACAAUCCUUCUAAAUGAGACUAAUAAGGAUAAGCAUGGCCAUGCGGUUAAUAGCCAAAUGGAAGAGUCGUUAAAGAUUUUCCCCCUUAGCAAUAUGAGCGAGAGCAAGGAAUCGCAGGAGCUGUUUCCCAAUGAGGAAGGAGCCUCCUGUCCAUUGAGCAAUGAAGUAGACCAUGGAGCGACUAACCACGAAGACCUUCCAUGGAGUAACACAAUCGGGGGUCAGAAUAUGAACUCUAAAGGAGCCCAAAAUAAAAAACACCAAUGUGUUUACCGUGAAGGUCAGAGGAAAUUCCCCCAUAGGAAAAAGUUACUACUGAAGAAGCGAAACAAGUACUACAAUUUUCAGUUUCUGAGGAAGUUCAAAUUCUCCAUUCCGAAUAAUGCCACGGUGCCGUUUAAUAGUUCCAUGUUUUCGCUGCAAAGAAAUCAAUACAAGUCCAACAUUUACUACGAGUUCAUAUUAACAAAUAUAAAUCUGGACAAAUAUCGAAAGAACCUUCUGAAUGUAAACUACAACAACAGCAAUUCUGUCACGAAGAAGGUACGUGCUUAUUGUAUAAAUUUUAACAAAUUAAAAAAUCGGAAGAAGAAACUAGUCAGGAGGAGUACCUCAGGGCUAGGCGAAAUGAAGCCGAGCAUUUCUUCCUCGGCCUCUGAUUUGAAACGAAAUUAUAAGAACGACCAGGAUAGAGCUGUAGGGUACAUCUCGAGUGAUAACAACGCUCCACUUGGUCAGCUGCAUAAUGGGGAUGCUUCAGAAUUCGCACUGGAAGCAGGCAACAACGACGCAGGAAUUCUCUUGCCGGGGGCUAGCAGCGCAAGCGCAGUCGUUAACUACACCGAUGAGAAGAACGUAAGAAACGCGAAUGACUUAAUCGACGCGAAAAGUGCGAAUGAUGCAAAAAACAUGAAAAACAUUAAUAAGGAAAUAUGCGUGCUCUUUUCCCGAUAUGUGCACAACAUAAAGGAGCAGAGGAAAAUUCUGACAAAACUCCUACAUAGUAUAAAGAACGAAAAGAAGAAGCCCUACAAGUACUGGUACUCCAUCGAGGACAAAAUGAUCAACUUCUAUAUCAAUGAGUAUUUAAAAAAUAAACUAAACACGAAACAUACGUACACGCUGUCCAAGCAGAUUGUCGAUUUGCUAAAGUUAAGAUUAUUAAUUAGUCACAGCUCACAGCUACCAAAUAACUGGACUGAAAAGGCCCUAUGCAACAUUUGCAGUUUGGGAGAGGAUUGGGAAGAUAACCCCAUAGUUUUCUGCGACUGUUGUUACACGCCCAUGCACUCAUUUUGCACUGGCUCCAGGAAUAUUAAAAGUUAUAACAUUGUUAGGAGAAGCUCACAGAAUUCGGAGAAGAACGAAUCGGAAGGGCCAACGGGUAAGCAGUACCAACCCGUUUGGGCUGCCAACAGUGCGAGUAAGAAAAACGAACCCAAAAAGGUUAAGCUGAACAUAAUGAAGUCGCUUCUCUCGGAUUGUUACAUCAAUUUUAAUUCACCCAUUAGUAUCUUUACUACCACUAGAUGUGGCGAAGUAGGGGCAGAGACUGAAAAUGGUCAUGGUGAAGAGGAAGGUGAGAAUGACAAAAAUGAGGUUAGCCACGAUGUCGAAAUGAAAACCCCUUCGUACAGCGACCAACAGGGGAACGGACUCAAAGUGGAGGUUGCAAGCCAGCCAUCUCGCGAAGCAAUGAACGGGGGCGAGGACCCCUACGGAGAAGCGAAUAAGAAUUCGAACUCAACAUUCGCAGGGGAAGGUAGCACCAAUGUGAAAAUCGAAAAAAUGGAUUCGCUGAAAAAUGAAGAGCAGGACGAGGAACCCAUUUUGAAGGAUCUUCUAGAGAGUAGUAACACCAAAAAUGAGUUGCAAAAUGAGCAGAGCAACAUUUUGGAAACGGGAGGGAUAAUCAACACCCUCCAAGCCUACAUUACGAACGACACAAAUCCUCCAGCCACAAGUGGAAGUGGCCAAAAUAAUGCCAACCAUGGGAGUGCAAAAAAUCCGGAGGACGAACAGUGGAUCUGUCCAUUAUGCUCCUACCUAAGGAAUCAAAUUUUGUUCAUCGAAGAUUCCACCGCUUUUAAAAUUAUCAGAAAUUUAAGUGGUCCGAGGAAAAGGAAAGAAAUUGAAUACUUUUCCAGAUGUUCUGAUGAAUUUGGUAACUCCUCCUUAGAUAUAAAAAACGAAUUGAAGGAAUACACCCCCCCGGAGGAAAUCACCAUAGAUUGGAACCACCCCAUCAGUGCUAUUUAUAAGCAUAAAUCAAUUUUUCUGCUCUUCGAUAUCGAUAGGGAUCUUUCCCAUUACAAGGAGAAAUACAACGUAGAAAUUAAGGACUCUCAUGACUUUUUCGAGAACGUCGUUUUGAAGAACACCCAUUUGUAUAAGUACAAAAUAUUUUUCAAUUGCAUUAUUGUGAAUAAGACCGUUAUCCAGGGAGAGGGGAGAGGAGAAGGUAACCCUAGUAGUAGUGGCAGCACUGGUCACGUGAUUGGCUAUGACCAGGUGAUGCACACCUCCCAGGUGAACGCACUAAACCCUGAACAUCUUAAAAUGUUCCGACAGGAACCGUUCUUUAUAAACGAAAACUUAGACGAUAAUGACCCAGAUGAUUCAAAGGAAAAUGAAAAAGAAAAGGACCAAAAGGGAGAUAGGAGGAGGAAGGAUAGAAAUUCUCACCACAGUAGAAUAUCGAAGCGAGAAUUAAAGGCGAAAAAUAGAGUACGAGACAGAAAGGGGAAUACCAACAAGAGGAGUGGCACCACGAAUGAUGUUAAUACAAAUGGGGUUGUUAGAAAGAGGGGGAGACCCCUGGGCAGCACAAAACUGAACAAAAUGAAGUUACUUAGUAUGAAUAAUAAGAGCAACAGUAAACAUGAGGACAACAAUUUGGAAGCCACGUGUAACAGUUUGAGCCUUAAUAAUGGGCUCCUGAGCAGCCCCAGCCGUAACCUGAAUGUGUACCCUUUCGAUUAUAGUACCCAUGUUAAGAGCGAAAAAGACUGUGACGCAAAUCAGUAUGUUUAUCAGAAUAGCAGCCAAGCAAUGAACAAGUCGGAGUUCCGUUACCCAGAGGAUACCAACGACGUUGAUAAAAAAAUGGGUCUUAAAGAGAAAACACUUAUUGCACAAAAGUAUUUUAGUGAAAACAAUGCCGAUUUGUCCCACUUUAUCAACCGGAAUUUCCCGUUUUAUGAGAACGACUCGUAUGACAAUAACCUCUUGUUGAAGUAUAACUACAACAAGAACUUCUCCUUCAUUUUUAAAAUUCCCACCUGCUGCAUCUGCGAAUUUGAUUCCUUCUACUUGGGGGGUGGUCCCAUCAAGAGGACCAAUAAGAAGAACCAAUGGUGUCACAUUCGUUGCGCACUAAUAAGCAAUUGCGUAAUUAAUGACAGAAUUGAACUUAGCAGUAGGGAAAGGACCAGGUAUAAAUGCUCUCUGUGCCUGAGAACCAACAACACGGGAAUAAUUAAGUGUAACAUUGCCGACUGCUAUAAGUACUACCACAUAUCUUGUGCCACUUCCUCCAAUAAGUAUCUCAUCGAAUUGAACGAAGCCAACAAGCUAGUUCUGUUUUGCUCCAACCAUUCGCAAAGAAAAGCGCCGACAGAAAUUUUAAGGAAAUAUCAAAUCCUUCGAGAAAAAGAAUUUAAUAAAAAUAAAUUGGAAGACAAAGUAAAUAUGUCCAAAGUGUUUGACGCAUACAUUUUGCAGUCCUACCUCAAAAUUAGUGACAUGAAAUUAUUCAACUUGUUAUCCUUAUCAUCUCUCUCCAUUUUCGACAAAUUUGUUUACUUUAACUAUGAGAACUAUAGCCAGAAUUUGCAAACGAAUAUGGGCAUUGUCGACGAUUUUAAUGAUUUGUACCAGGCGUUUGAUCAGCACUUGUCCAAGGAGCGCAACGAUGUGGUGAGUUGCGUGUCGGACUCAGGCAGGGUGAAAAAGAAAACCAUCGUCCCCGAGGUGGAGGCGACCACGGUGGAUAAUGAACGGACCAGUACGUCGCUUGCAACCGCUGCCUCCUCAACCACUACCUCGCCCGAUGCGGAUGAGGAGCAGGGAAAGAUGUUCCUGGAGCUGGAGGAGAAGAACCGAACGAAGAACACGGCCAUCGACCUAUUCGACCUGGAAAUGAUAAACAAAAUUAGCGCCAUCAAGUGCAACAACAUCAUAAGCAUAAGCAGCUUCAAAAAUAUCUACAAUGAAAACAUGCUAGAUGAGGAUUCCCUCCUUAAAUUGCUGACUCAUGAUUUGUUGUACAUGCAAAAGGAUUUACAAGAAUUGAACGGCGUCAUACUGAGCGAUAAGUAUAAAAAAUUAAAGAACUUUGAAAAUAUUUUAUUACUGUAUCCUCAUUUUAAUGAUUUCCAAUUGAGGAGACUGUCGGAGCUUAUCCUGGAGAAGUAUCACAUCAAUAUGGCGAAUUAUCAGGAUGACGAUUCCUUUUUUUCCUUUUUCCUUCAAUUUCUGUCGUUGCUGAAUAAUAAGAAUCUAAUGUUGUGCAGUGUGUGCUUAUCCAAGUCGAGUUAUUCACAGAGGGGGAGGGAUGAUCGGAAGCUCGGAACCAGGUUCGACACAUACGCGCUGGAAGGAGGAAAUAGUAACAUCACUGAGAAUGGCGACCCGGUUAGCGGCACUGGUCGAGGCACAAUGGGAGGAAACAGCCUCCACGACAAUAGCAACUACACCACCUAUGGGUCCAACCUGAGGGAACAUCUGGAGAAUAAAAAGGAGCGGAGAUUGGGCUCCCUGAGCGUACUGAAGAAAUGUUCCCUGUGCAAUGUGUUCAUUUGCUACUUCUGCUGCAACAGAAUGAACAUCGACAUUAUUAAGAAUUACCUCGACGAGGGGGUGAAAUGUAAGCUGCCCAGCCACCCAGUUGUGAAAGCAAGGGAACGUGUUAGAAACCCGACGCGCUCCAGCAAAGUCGGAAGACCAAGCAAGAACAGGCACAAACCGCACACGGAUGGCACGACAAAUUAUAACGACAACGUGGAGGCAACGGAUGCGAAUAGUGAAAAUAAACUGGAAGAAUCGGUUAUUGUCAUUGACACGGAUAAAUUGGCCAUUGAUCCAUCGGAGGGACCCCAAUAUGGGGAGAAACGAAAUGGAAGUAGAAAUGGUUCCAUCGAUAUAGGUGUUGACGUGGAUCCUGUUGGUGCCGACGUGGUUGCCGUAGAUGCUGUUGGCACGGAUUCUAUUAAUGCCCACGCGCCCGGAGCUGAUGCUGUUGGUGCUGACGCGGUUGCUGUUCCCGUGGAAGGCGAUGCCCCGAGUGUCAUCGAGGAGGAGGUUACACACAAUGGGGACGAACCCCAGGAGAAGAGAAAAACAAAUGAUACGAAGAUUGCGGACCAAUGCUUAUCGUCAAAUAUUGAACAGACAAAAGAACACACCCAUGAUGUAGCCAAAAGGAACCACAGCGAUGACGAGUUUGUAUGCCCGAGAUGCCAAUAUUUUCAAGUAAAAAGAAGAAUAGCCUUCUGCACGUACUGCCCCAGAUUAGAUGGAUUCUUAAACUGCUUUGAAGAUAAGGCCAAAAAGGAACUACUAUUUGUUCACCCCAAAUGCUUAGAAUAUGUAAAUACAGCCUAUUCCAAAAAGAACAACAUGAACGAAACGAAAUCGGGCGCAAUUAAAAAGGUUUGCAGUUACUGCAGAAUUAAGCAUGGAAUAGUUAUCACGUGCAGCAACACAGACUGCGAUGUGUCAUUUCAUAUUUCUUGUGGAAUUCUGUUAGGGUGCAAAAUGGACAACUUCUUUGGUCGCGUUGAUAUUUACAAUCCUAAGAAGUCCUAUUGUUUUAAGCACACCUUCCAGUCAUGUAAAAAAAACACACUAGCAAAUUUUAUCAACACAAAUAAGCUCUUCUUCUUUGAGAAUUUUCUCGACUAUCCCUUCAAUCAUUUGUACAAUUUCAUAAUGGGCACCUACAUUUUUAAGCAACUAAAUAAAAACUGCGUUAACCAUUUGAUGAAGCCAAUCAAGAUAGAGGAGAAUCCGUGCAUCAGUAGCAUUUUCGAGAGGACGCAACUGAACGUUUUGAGGAAAGCUACCCAUCUCUUGUCGAAUGAUAUUAAAAGAAGCCACAAGAAGAAAACGGUUCUUGAUCACCACCUCGAUGAGGAGAAAAUUGCGGCGGGUAUCUUCCAGAAUGAGGACAACACAAGUGGUAAUCAGGGCAACAGCGAAACCUUUUUUCACAAAGAUUUGAAGUUCCUAAUUGAACACCACUCUAGAACCCCAUCGCAUGCAAAGAAGAACAUCGAGGCAGAGGAUCCACUACAUGGAGAAAACCACAUUUCUGACCUCCUCAUGGGAAGAAAAGGAGCAACAGAUAGUAGCAACUUACCACAAGAUAAACGUAACGCAUUGCAGAUAAAAUCAGAUGUUGGAAAAAAUCUUUUUGCUAGCUCAAGUAACAAUGGAGGAUUGAAAAACGACCCCUCAUUUGUUGACGACAAUGUAACAGAAAGCGCAGUCUCAGUGCUGUCCGAAAAUGAAACAGAAGAACUUCGGUCAUUUCAAAAUGUUUCCUUUUUUAACUCCAGGGCAUGUUCCCACAUUAGCAACAUAGUGAACAAUAGCUUUAUUAAUCAAGUGAAAAAAUUCCCACCCAACCAGAACAUGAUGAUGCCCUAUUACAAUGGUGCCAACAUAAUCCCCAAUAACACCUAUCCCUUUUUCGAUGCCAAAUGUGAGGACAUGGAAAAUGCGCAGCAGUUGGCGAAUCUUGCAUGUGCAACAAGCAAUCCAGAAAGGGUUCCGCGAAAACGUGAUAAGUAUAGGAAAUUAGAACGAAAGAGAAAGAAAUAUCUGCUGAAGCCGAAUGAGGAAGUGCCAGACAACCAUCUUCUGAAUGAUGCCAGUUCGUUGAGUGUCAACCUCGACAUAAAUAGCAAAGCGGAUGGAAGAAAAAGAAGGAAGUAUCGGAAAAAUAAAAACGGAAACAAUGAGGAGAAUUCUGAAAAACCCAAUAUUAGCAGCAACAUGUUAAGUGCGCCCAGUGAGCUAAUAAACCUAACACAGAUAAGCAGCAACCGUACGCAGAACCCAAGUGCUGCUUCCCAGUUUGAUGUCAGUAUGAACAGCACGACAUACCAUCUGAACGAGCUUAUCGUCAGUAAGGACAAACAUUCCGUGGAAAAGGCAAAAGGUACCAAAAACGAACUCGUGAAAAUGAACCAAAAUGAAAUAAAGGAAGAAAAACCACAGAUACAAGAGGACGAAAUGAUACGGGAGGAACGAAUUUACUGCCCAGUAUGCAAAUGCUUCUAUGAAGAACUGAGUGACGGUUCCCCAGCGGAUGGACUAAAUUGGAUUGGAUGUGACAAAUGUGAAAGAUGGUUUCACUGGAUCUGCUGCAACUAUUCCAUUGAGAAUCCCCCCGAUAUGGAAAAUGACUGGUACUGCAGCACCUGCUUGAACAGCUGA